CAGCCAACAGUGUAGCCCAACCAUACAAAGGGAUUAUAACUGUAUGUGAACAGUCAUUUACAGUCAGAGAUAUCAUGUUGGAGAUGCUUGAAUACAGCCAUUAUCAGACUCACCUAGAGAACCCCAGUAAAUACCACCUCCAGCAGGCUCAGAGGCAGCAGGUUCGUCAGUAUCUGUCCACCACACUGGGGGGUAAGACAGGCAGCCAGUGUCCCAGCCAGCCCCCCGAACACGGCAUGCCCCCCGGUCCAGGCAGCAGCGCCCCCAACAGCCCCAUGGCCCUGCUGACGCUGGGCUCCAACUGUGAGAAAGAGAUGGACGAUGUCAUUGACGAUAUUAUCAGCCUUGAGUCGAGUUACAGUGAGGAGGUUCUGGGGCUCAUGGAUGCUGGAAUACAGAUGAACAACGGGCUUCCUGUUUCAAAUAAUAUCCUUGACGUGUACGGAAACCAGGGACUCCCUAUGCCGGGUCUCGGGAUCAGUAACUCCUGCCCACCCAACCUCAAAAGGGAAUACACCGCUCCUGGCUUGAAGCAAGUUCUGGACAAGACUGGAUCCUGUGGCCACUAUGAAAACUAUCAAAGGCCAGAGGGUUUUCCAGUAGAAGCUGAAGUCCGCGCUCUGGCUAAAGAAAGACAGAAGAAAGACAACCACAAUUUAAUUGAGAGAAGACGAAGAUUUAACAUUAACGAUCGCAUCAAAGAACUGGGCACGUUGAUACCCAAGUCCAAUGAUCCGGACAUGCGCUGGAAUAAGGGCACCAUUCUCAAAGCUUCUGUAGAUUACAUCCGGAAACUGCAGCGAGAUCAGCAGAGGGCCAAGGAGCUGGACUGUCGACAGAGGAAGCUGGAGCACACCAACCGACACCUCCUGCUCAGAAUACAGGAGCUGGAGAUCCAAGCGCGCGCCCACGGCCUCACUCUAGUCCCUACUCCCUCUGUGUGCACCUCUGAGCUCGUGGCCCGGGCCAUCAAACAGGAGCCGGUGCUGGGAGACUGCCCCUCUGACCUGUACCACCACUCCUCCAGCCCAGACAUGUCCCCGCCCACCACGCUGGACCUCAACAACGGCACCAUCUCCUUCGACCGCGCCCCCUCAGCAGACGCAGGAGAGAGCAGCAUGUACAGGAGCCCGCGGAGCUGUAAACAGAAAGACCACUGCCCGUCGCCCCGGACACCCCUGAGGUCCCCCAUGUCCCCCGAACACAACCAGCACGGGUCCACUGCAGACGAGCAGGACCACAGCUGUUAGUCUACACUGACUCAAUGACAAAGUGACUGGAACACACACAAAC